GAAUAUACGUUCAAAUCCCACAAAAACAAACUGGACUUGCCCCAGAGAAAACAAAGCAAAAGUUUUCCCAGAGGAAACAUGAUGGACGAGCGCAGGCCAGAAGAAUCCGACGACAUGCCGACACUCGAUGUCUGUUCAAGUGCAAUGCUGCAGUCAGAGAAAUCGGAGUGGGUCCUCACCCCGUACCGGAGAAGAGCGGACAGCUUGAGGGCCCUUGGCACGGCUAUGCUGCGCUCCUGGCGCAGGCGAGGGGAAGAUAUGCGCCACUUGGAGAAGGAGGCUGAACAUUUCAAGAACCAACAUGUACAGAACAAGAGCACUGGGCGCGUGUGUAAAGCCCUGAUGCAGGUGGAGCACGAACGGAACGGCGAUCUGCAUCUGGAACUGAUGAUGUCCAAGCUGAGCACCAACGAGAUUCAAUCCUCCAUCCACAGUUUGACGGCAGACAAGGAAAAGCUGCAGCACGAAGUGGAGAGCCGUAAGAGAGAGCAUGACGAACUACAAGCAGUGGCAGACCAGCGUAAAAUAGAGCUCUGUGCCGCCAAGACGCAGCAGUGUUUGGACCAAAAUCGACUGUCGCAGGAGGAGGAGACCAUCAGCCAGCUGAGAAGAAAGAACGCGGAUCUCGACACUGAAGUCGCUACGCUCCGCAAGCUGCAGCUGGACCAUAAAACCACUGAGCAAUACUUGACUAAGGAUUUGGAGGGAGUUACGGAGAGGAUGAACACACUGCAAGAGGAAUUAAGCUAUCUGCAGGAUAGAGCGCGGGGAUGGAACAGUUAAAAGCGCCCAUUGAUGCAGCAGAAGCAAGAAGUUCGUGGAGGAAAAUGCGUUAAUAUAUUUCAUUACCUUUAUUAAACUAAAAAAUAUAUAUAGUAGAGUGAAGAAAAUUUGAGACAGCAAAAGAAUGGGCAAAUUGCUCGGCAAUGCCGCGUACAUGGAAGUGUUCUGAACAGCAAAUAUAUUACGAAAAUCCGAAGCUAAGCUACAAAGUUACUUAACCAAGAAAUUUUGAAAAUGGCUGACGUGG